AUGAUGCAGAUCAAGGCAAAAUUCGAAACUGAUAAAGGUCUGAACUUCAUCCAACAGUAUUACAUCAAUCAAGGUGAUGAUGGAAAAGAUGCUGUGUUUAAGGGAUUGAGACAAAUGCUCCUGAGAGAUUCUUUUACUCCCGAAUUUGUGAAAGACAUGACUGCGUCUGAGCGAAAGAAGGCCCAAUCAGCAAUGAUGUUACUCGCGGAAAAGCAAUUCGAAAAGACAAUUAAAGGUCGCCUAGUAUACCGAGGUGAUGGAACUCGUGAAUGGUUAUUGCGAGAGGACACUGCAAGUCCAACUGCUUCGCAAUAA